UUAGGUUUUUUUAAAACAAAGUGACCUAAUACCGGUUUUAACUUAUCUUCAAGAUCUGUUAGUUUGGUUGUGAAGAGUCUUACUCAAGAACAAUGGAGGAGCAAUAUGAAAAGAAGAUAACCUGGACGAUUAAGAAUUUCUCCUCUUUGCCAUCUGAUAAAAUUUGUUCUGAUAAUUUCGUAGUUGGUGAUUCCAAAUGGCGUCUUGUGGCCUAUCCCAAGGGACAUGGGGAUAGUCUUAAUAAAAGUUUGUCUCUGUUUCUGGCUGUUGCUGAUUCUGAAUCUUUGCCUUAUGGUUGGAAAAGAGACACAAAGUAUCGCCAAACUGUUGUUAAUCAAACUUCGGAGAAACUCUCCCAACAGAAAGUAGGAAAACCCUGGUUUAAUCAGAAUUGUGUCAGCUGGGGUUUCCAAUCAAUGGUUCCCCUUACCGAACUUCUUGACAUAAAUGGUGGGUUUCUGGUGAAUGGAGAAAUCAAGAUUGUUGCCGAGGUUGGUGUUCUUGAAGUUGUUGGCAAGUCAGAUGUGUUAGAGGAAACUUCAUUAGUAAAUGAAAGCAUCGAUGUCAAUGGGUUUCAAGUUCUUCCUUCACAGGUAGAAUCUGUGAAGAGUCUUUUUAUAAAGCACCCAGACAUUGCAUCACAAUUCCGUCCAAAGAACCCACACCUGAGAACAGCAUACUUGAAUAGCAUACUAAGCUUGUCAGAGAGUCUGUGCCAAUCCCCCGAGGAACUCUCCAAUGCUGAUCUGGCUAAUGCAUACUGUACACUAACUUGUGUGACAAAAGCGGGGUUUAAAUUGGAUUGGUUGGAGAAGAAACUGAAAGAGAUUGGUGAGGCUCGGCUGCAAGAGAUUGAGGAAGAAUUGAAGGACAUGAAGCAAACGUGCGUAGACAUGGAGACUCUGCUGGUGUUCUUAAGAUGAAUGUUGUUUGAUGACUUUAGUCCGUUAAGAGUUUGGAUCUCAUUGGUGUUCUCUGGUCGGUUUGUUUUUAGUUUUAGUUUUGAAAACAAAGUACUCUUAAUCUUGGAGAAGAUCAAGAGUCUUGUUGUCAUUAAGGUUUCCCUACGUUUCUUUUAUUGCACUUUGUUUGAAUUUAUGUUGAU